AUGGAAAGAAAUCUAAUCACAGUUCCAUGUGAAAAUGAGGACAGACCUGAAAAGGAAGAUGCCCUGGACUUUGACGAGGACACCCUGCAAGCCAUCGCUGAUGUUCAUAGGAACCAGGGUAACGAGGCCUUCAAGAAAGGAGAUUUCCUCAAUGCUAUCCACUUCUACACGGAAGGAAUCAAAGUUGAAUGCAAUGACAAAGAACUACAAGCCAAGCUGUAUAACAACAGGGCAAUUUCACAUUUCAAACUAGGAAAUUAUCAGGAUUCACUGAGUGACGCAGAAGCUGCCACUAAGUUACAGCCAACAUUCCUCAAGGCAAUUGUUAGAGGAGCCACUGUCUGUGUUGAACUGAAGAAAUUUGAAGAGGCCAUCACUUGGUGUGAUAAGGGAUUAGCUAUCGACUACAAUAACAAGAUCCUGUUGACGUUAAAAACCCAGUCUGUCAAAGAACUAGCGGGAGAGUUCGUGGACGAAAAAGAUCACGGUGGCCCUGAUAUUGCCUUCAACAGUUCAGGUGAUAUCGAGAAAGUCUUAAACAAUUAUCAUGUAAAUCUUAAAAUUGCAAAAGAACGAGAAGACAAGGCUGGGGAAGGAUACGCCUAUGGGAGCCUCGGAAAUGCUUUCGAACAAGUGGGAGAUUUAAAAAAAGCUCUCUACUACUACAAUAUGUGUCUUCAUAUUGCAAAAGAAGUUGGAGACACGCCUUUGAAGGGUAAAGCUUGUGGCGGUCUCGGCAAUACUUAUCAAAAGCUGGGUGAUUUCAAAAAAGCCGUAGAGUACCACAAUUUGUGUCUUAAAUUGUUUAAGGAAAUGGGAGAUAAGCGUAACGAGGGUGGUGCUUACAGCAAUCUUGGAAUUGCUUAUAGAUGUCUUGGUGAUUUAAGAAAAGCCAUAGACUACCACACUCUUCAUCUUGAAAUUGCCAAAAAAGUAGGAGACAGGCAUAGUGAGGGUAGAGCUUACGGCAACCUUGGCAAUGCUUAUCACAAUCUAGGUGAUGUCAAAAACGCAGUAGAAUACCAUAACCUCCAUCUUGAAAUAUGUAAAGAAGUAGGCGAUAAGCAUGGGGAAGGUUGUGCUUAUGGUAGCCUUGGUAUUGCCUACGACAGUGUGGGAGAUUUCAAAAAGGCUUUGAAUUACCACAACCUUCAUCUUGAAAUUACCAAAGAAAUAGGAGACAAACAUGGGGAAGGAAAUGCUUAUGGCAAUCUCGGCAUUUCUUAUUACAGUCUGAGCGAUAUCAAUAAAGCUAUACACUGCCUCGAACUAUGUAUUGAAAUUAGUAAAGAAGUAGGAGACAAGCAUACGGAGGGCGCUGCUUAUGGCAAUCUCGGCAAUGCUUAUAAACGACUGGGAAAUUUCAAAAAAGCCAUACAGUAUCACAACCUACAUCUUGAAAUUGCUAAAGAUGUAGGAGAUAAGCAUCAGGAGGGUAGUGCUUAUGGCAAUCUUGGCAAUGCGUAUGAAUGUCUAGGGGAUAUGAAAAAGGCCAUACAGUACCAUAACCUAGAUCUUAAUGUUAUGAAGGAAGUAGGAAACAAGCUUGGGGAGGCUAGUGCUUAUGGAAAUCUAAGCACUUCCUAUAAGGGUCUGGGAGAUUUCAGAAAAGCCAUAGAGUACCAAAACCUACAUCUCGAUAUUUGUAAGGAAGUAGGAGAUAAGCAUGGGGAAGGUGGCGCUUAUGGCAAUCUUGGCUCUGCUUAUGAGAGUCUGGGAGAUUUUAAAAAAGCCAUAGAGUACCACGACUUACAUCUUAAAAUAACCGAAGAAAUAGGAGACAAGCAUGGUGAGGGUAUAGCUUAUGGCAAUCUUGGUAGUGCUUAUCAAAGUCUGGGGGAUUCCAAAAAAGCUGUUGUGUACCACAAGUUACAUCUUGAUAUUACUAAAGAGAUAGGAAACAAGGAUGGCGAGGGGGGUGCCUAUGGUAGUCUUGGCAUUGCUUAUUUUAGUAUGGGCGAUCUCCAAAACGCUAUAGAGUUCCAUAAACUACAUCUUGAAAUUACCACUGAGCUUGGAGACAAACGUGGAGAGGGUGAAGCUUAUUGCAAUCUUGGCAAUGUGUAUCUCAGUUUGGGAGAUUUCACAAAGGCUAUAGAGUACCACAACCUUUUUCUUGAAAUAACUAAAGAAAUAGGGGACAGGCAUGGGGAGGGUGAAUCUUACGGCAGCCUUGCAAAUGAUUAUCUAGCUUUGGGCGAUCUGAUGAAGGCCAUAGACUUUUGCAGUCGACAGCUCAACAUUGCCAAAGAAGUCGGGGACAAAUCAUUAGAGGCAGCAGCCUACUGUUUAUUAGCUUCCAUUUUCGAAUCUCAGGGCCGACUGCCAAAAGCCGUUGAAAAUUACAAAGCCAGUAUAGCGCUCUACGAUGCUAUGAGAAGCCUUCUCAAAUCGAAGGAUGAGUGGAAAGUUAAUUUUAGAAAUAAAGCUCAGAUAGCUUAUACGGGCUUUUGGAGAGCACUCGUGAAACAAGGUAAUAUAAACGAGUCCUUGUUUGCUGCGGAGAAAGGAAGAGCACAAGCUCUGAUUGACCUCAUGGAAUACAGUUUUUAUGAUGGGGUAGGCCCGUCCGAAGAAGGUAAUAACGAUUUAGCAGUUUUAAAGAACCCUGCCGAAGAAGAAGAUGAACUUUUGGAACUUUUAAGUUACCUUCCAUUAAACACUGUUUUUCAGGCAGUAGACUAUCCUGACGUUAGUCUCUGGGUAAUCCUUCAAGGAAAAGAAAUUCACUUCAAACAAAGCAACGUAGAACGCACGGUUUCAGAGAAUGGUGGUCCUUCCCAGUCCUUUAAGGCUGUCAUCCUAAAUGCUUAUGCAGCAAUUGGUGUUAAUGUAGAUAUAGCAUGCGAGGAUCGAUCUUUGAAUGCUGUGAGAGAAAGCCACUCAAAAGAGAACGAGAGGACUGAGGAGGAAAGCCCUCAACCUUCUGCCCAACAAGAAGAUUGUUUGAGCACUUUGUAUAACCUCAUUAUUCAACCAAUCACCGAUCUGGUUCAAGGCGAUGAGCUAGUCAUUGUUCCCGAUGGACCCUUUUGGCUUGCUCCUUACGCUGCAUUCAAGGAUGCUGAUUCCAAAUACUUGUGUGAAUCGUUCAGAAUCCGACUUGCUCCAUCUCUGACAAGUCUCAGACUCAUUGCCAAGUGUCCAGAUGAUUACCACAGUAGAACUGGUGCGCUGCUUGUUGGAGAUCCGUGGGUAACAGACAUUCCAUGGACUUACCCCAAUGGAGAAAAAAUCUUCAAGCAGCUCCCGUUUGCUGAAAAGGAAGUAGAAAUGAUCGGGGAGAUUCUGAAUGUCACACCAAUCACUAGGAGACAGGCAACGAAGCGUGAGGUGUUGAAAAGACUCAGUUCUGUUGCUUUAGUUCACUUUGCAGCCCAUGGGAGCAUGGAUACUGGCGAAAUUGCUCUAACACCUGACCCAGAGAGAUCAUCCUCGCAAAUCACCAAGGAAGAUUUCGUUUUGACAAUUGCAGAGGUGAUGAACGCUCAACUUCGCGCCAAACUUGUUGUACUCAGUUGCUGUCACAGUGGUCGGGGCGAAAUCAAGGCUGAAGGUGUAGUCGGCAUAGCGCGCGCCUUUAUGGGUGCUGGAGCUCGUUCUGUUCUGGUGUCCCUGUGGGCGAUUGAUGACAAGGCUACUUUUGAGUUCAUGAAAUGCUUCUAUCAUCACCUUACGCAAGGAAAACGUUCAAGCGAAUCUCUACACCUGGCCACGAAGAGUCUGAGGGAAUCCGAGAAUUUCAAUAAAAUCAAAUUCUGGGCUCCGUUUUUGCUGAUCGGCGAUGACGUCACUUUCGAGUUCAGUGCAUUGGAAUGAGGAAAUUUUGAAUUGAAAUCGCUGGUCGUUGAAACUGGAGACCUUUCAAAUCGGCGGACUCAAAGGCGUGUAAUAUAUAGUUUUUUUUCCUGUAUUCACAUUUUGUUUAUUGUACUCACUACUUGUCAAAGCUUUACUGUUUAACUUAUAGUAAUUUGAUCGUGUCAAUAAGACAUUUAUCCUUAAUGUUGUGAAGAAAUAAAGAAAGACCACUCUGUGGACCAGUGGAAAUGUAACUAUUUUUUGUUUGCUUUUUUACUUGCUUGCCAAGAUUGCAAAAUGUACCAUGGCUCCUCUACCAUGUCACUGACGAUGUC